CUGUACAAAAUGUCUGCCAGUUGACGCAGUCCUGCGUCCUCUGAGCCACUGGAAAAAAUAGGAAACGAGAGCUCGCAGCUCGCAGCUCGCACAAAGAUCGCAUCUCAGCGUCUCCUCCCUUUCCUUCCGCGCGCAGUCGCAAAUGCCUGGCAUUCAGUGAACUCGCCUCGGUCUCGCCUACGGCACUGCGAUCUUCUUCGACGCCUGCAUCGCGACAUGAAGUGCGCCGUCGUCGUCGCGUCGCUGGCGGCCGUGAUGUCCGUGCUCGUGCUACACGCCGGCGCGCAUCGGCCGCUCGUCGAGCCGUCCCACGCAAACGCAACGACGCCGCAGAUGACGGACACAUGGCCGCCUACCCCACAGGCCAACCGCGCCAACCUCACCGCGAUCCUGGUCCUCGACGGGCCCUUCCGCACCUUCCUCGGGUACCUGCAGCAGACCAACCUCGUGGAGGUGUUCCAGAACCAGGCGUACCUAACGGACCAGGGCAUCACCAUCUUCGUCCCCGUCGACAGGGCCUUCGCCGCCGUCAAGCCGCCGGUGCUGUCGCGUCUCUCCACGCAGCAGCUCAAGAACCUGAUGAUGUACCACUCGCUGCCCAAGCACUACGAGCUCGCGGACUUCGAGCGGCUGAGCCAGACCAGGCCGGUGACGACGCUCGCCGGCAGCCUGUACACGGUGAACAUGACGUACGACGCGGGCACAGUCCACGUGCACUCUUCAUGGGCCGACGCCAAGAUCGUCGGGAGCGUGUCCGUGGACGCCCCCAUGGCGAUCUACGAGCUCGACCGGGUGCUGCUACCGGACUCGAUCUUCCGCGCCCAGCCGCCCGUCGCGGCGCUCCCAGACGUGCCCGCCGCGCCGCCUCCAAGCAACGGGGACGCCGCUCAGCCCGUGACGGAGCCGGAGCCGGUUGUAACGCCGCAGUACGGCUCGCCGGCAGUGGCGGACGCCCCAGUCUCGGCGUGCGCCGACGACCACGGUCGGUUCGCGUGCUAUGUGGUCGCCGCGGCACUCGGCGCAGUAGCGCUGCUCGCAUUGUGAAAAACUGUGAUAGAGGUGCUUUAUGCUUUAGUGCGACAGUUUCUGGUUUUCUUACCCUUAAAAUAUAAAUCUUUUAUACUUAGCAUC